UUAAAGACAAAAACUUUACAAGACAUAAUUCCAAUGGGUUCCAAAAGAAGUUUUUCCUCUUUAGGUUAUGAUGUUUCAACAAAAAAGGUUUUGGAUCUCUUGGAGGUUCCUUUGAAGAAACUCACAAUUGAAGAUCCAUCGAGUGAUCUUGAUGUCGAUAUGGUUCAUCAUAAUCGAAUUGCCUAUUACAAAAAUAAGUACACAGUCGUCGUGGAGGAUUUGGAUGCUGAAAUCGAGGAAGAAGAGUCUAAUAAAUUGAAGAAUACCUCUCUUAGUGCACCAGAACAAUCCAGGUUAAAGCUUUCGGUUAUAUCCCCCUUAGAGAAGAAGUUGAAACGAGAUUUAUAUUGCCUUCUUUAUCAACCUCCUUCAAUGAAAAGUAUACCUUGCCCUGAGUACUCUCAUAGCUCUCCAUUGAUUCCUGAUAACUUGCAAGAAGCAGAGAAACAAUUCGAAGAAGGAAAGUCAUCUUCCAGUAAAACCCAUGGAAAUGCCUCUAGCAAAUUGCUCCAAUUCUCAUGCGACCUUGAGUGGGAUAAGUUUAAAACUAAGGAUUAAAUUUUUCAAUGAUUCCUUAAGCUUUUUAUAUUUUUAGGCGCGGUGUUUUUUAUUACCAGGAAACAUCCGAACACUCAAGUGCACUGGUAUGCACUCAUAUACUAUAAAGAAGAAGCUUCACAUUCGUUUUAUUUAUUUAGUUUUCUAUCUUCUUUAUUCUUUUUAUUUUUGGUGUUUUAUUUUAUUUUUGUUCAAUCCCUAAUUACCGUAGUACGAUGCUUGCCCUAUUCUGAACUUAUUCGAAGACUAUGCCUAACGCAUGAACCGGCUUUCUUCACUUCAAUUCGGGAUUACUAGUAUAAUCUAUCUGUUAUUUAUGUCUUGUUUAAUGGUAUUUUAAAUAAAAAGUUUC